GCUCCGUAGGUAGCGUAGUCCACAACCGCCCAAGGCAAGGGUAGCCCACAGAGGUGGUGGCCUCUCUGACGCAAGUGCAGAACACCGCACUCUCUUUGCCUUAAUUUUCCUGUGAGAACUUUUGAGGCAGCUCUCGUAUUUUUGUAGCCCCCGCCGCACCCGUGCGCUACCACUGAAUUAUAUAUAUUUUUUAUUGUCGCUGCGGACAUCACCAGUCCACUCUAACGCAUCAACAACGCCCAAAAGCAAAACUUCCUUUAGCAAUGCAGCGCUUCACUUCCAAGAGCACGAGCGCCCUCGCGGCGGUGGCACACGUGCGCGCCUUCUGGGACCCCUACGGGCACCAGCCGGAGUCCAUGUUUCUAGACCGCAAGGAUUUGGCUCAAAUGUACCCCACGCAGAAGCCCAAGACGACCGGCGGUGGCUUCGGCUACGAGCGCGGCCCCUAUUGGGCAGCCAUGCUGGUGCCGAACCCAGCCGUCCGUCUGCCGCACGAGCGGCGCCGCCUCAACCCCAAACCGGCGAAGCGCGUCACCGUCUUCGGCGCCAGCGGCUACCUCGGCGCGGAGAUCGUGCGGGAGCUAUGCGAGCACCCUGACAUCGAGCAGGUGCGCGCCACCACCCGCUACCCGACGCUGAUCCCGCAAGGCUCCGACUUAGAUCUGCUGCUGCGCGCCUACCCGGACAAGUUGGAGCUGCACGAGUGCGAUGUGACGGACCGCAUCCAAGUCAAUGUGGCCUCCAACGGCAGCGACACGCUCAUCUUCGCCGUCGACUACCACGCCGAGUACGCCAACAACAGCCACCACGACGUGUUUCUCAUUGGCGCGACAAACGUGAGCUGGACGGCGCGCAGUGUGCGGGCGGAGCGGGUUAUUUUCUGCAACGGCCUCGACGCUACCUUCGCCUCCGAGUCGAACUACGUCGACUUCCGCGCGCGUGGCGAGGACGCGGUGGGUGCCAACCACCCAGACGCCACCAUUAUACGCUUCGGCCCCUUGUACGGCAAGCACUACCGUUACCGCGGUCUGGGCCGCUACGUGUACCCCGCCUGCUUCCCGAGUACGCUGGUGCAGCCGACGUGGGUGGUGGACGCGGCGCGCGCCGUUGUGCGCAGCUCCAUGUCGCACCGCGCUGUGCGCUACAAGUUCGACCUCGGUGGUCCGGAGACGCUCAGCCACGUCGAGGCGUUCCGCGAGAUCGCGCGCCACUUCGAGAGGCGUCUCGUGGUGCCUUGCUAUCGCGGCUUCGGUCGCUUCUUCGGCAAGUUAGCGCCGUGGACGGUGCCAAACCCGUGGUUUGACGACAACUACAUUCUGACCUUUGAAUUAGACCAGGUGAACCGCCGGAGCACCCUCUUUGACCGCCUGGCCAGCUGGGACCGCCUUGCCUACACCCCCCAUAGCAUCCGCCAAGCUUCCGAAGUGGAGCGCGGCACCCGCAAGCUCGCCCCGCUGCACGAGCUGGACGUGCAAUUCAAGCAGCUCGAAGCCGCCGACAAGGCCGCCUUUGCCGCGGAGGAAGAGAGCGCGAAGAAGUUCGGUAUUCACCGUGCGAAGGCUGAACCGGGCUUUGGACGCACAGACGGCCUCGAAGCGCUCGCCCAGGAAAUCUACCCUGGCCAACAGUUCCGUGCUCGUCCGUUGGAAGGUGCCAAGUACCCCUCGGGCGUCAAGAAUCCUGGACCUACCGCGAUCCAAUAA